AUGACUAAGCGAGCUAUCGAAGAAGACUUGAAUGAGGAGGACAAGAAGACUUGGAAGCGUUUGCAGUCCGACUCGGGUGACGACUGUGACAUGUUAGACUUUAAGGCUAGCGCCAGACGGUUCUUCAAAGCGAAGCUACCUGAGUCUGAACGAACAGCCUCUCCAUCGACCCAUCCUACCCAAAACGAUCACCCAUUUGCUGAAUUGGCUCCAACAUAUGGGGACCUGUAUUCGCCUGAUGAGGCAACUUUGCGUGAGGACGGUCCCAACACGAAUGAGGCUCCAAAUACAGCUGUAACUGUAUCUCAAGGUGCCUCUUUUGUAGUUGCGACUUCUCAGGCUACUACCGGCCCUGACAUGUCAUCCACCGCCACAGGGCCGGCUCCAGGUUGCAUUGAGCGUCGGCCAAUGACCGCACAGGAAAGGGAACAGCACUACAACUGGGGAUCAAACGCACACGAGCAGAUUCCUCCUGGAGGGCCUAGAUCAUUGUAA